AUGGGCAUGGAAGAAGACCCCACCACCAUCCCACGCUCUGAGCUCCUCAUUGCCCCUAGCCACGUAGCCCCCAAUAAUGCCCACCCUGAGUUCUUGGUUGUAAUUGGAUUCAGGCUAAAACAACCACGUCCCCAACCAGGAAAGGAGGGCACUGGGGCGGGGACGGAGGAGAGGCUGUGGGAGAAGGGAGGGACCAGAGGAGAGAGCGAGAGAGGAAUCCAGACCCCAGUUCGCCGACUAAGCAGAAGAAAGAUCAAAAACCGGAAAAGAGGAGAAGAGCAAACGGGCACUUUGAGGAACAAUCCCUUUAACUCCAAGCCGACAGCGCUCUAGGAAUUCAAGUUCAGUGCCUAUCGAAGACAAAGGCGCCCCGAGGGAGUGGCGGUGCGACCCCAGGGCGUGGGCCCGGCCGCGGAGGCCGCACUGCCCGGCUGACCCGGUGGUCUCGGACCAUGUCUCCCGCCCCAAGACCCUCCCGUUGUCUCCUGCUCCCCCUGCUCACGCUCGGCACCGCGCUCGCCUCCCUCGGCUCGGCCCAAAGCAGCAGCUUCAGCCCCGAAGCCUGGCUACAGCAAUAUGGCUACCUGCCUCCCGGGGACCUACGUACCCACACACAGCGCUCACCCCAGUCACUCUCAGCGGCCAUCGCUGCCAUGCAGAAGUUUUACGGCUUGCAAGUAACAGGCAAAGCUGAUGCAGACACCAUGAAGGCCAUGAGGCGCCCCCGAUGUGGUGUUCCAGACAAGUUUGGGGCUGAGAUCAAGGCCAAUGUUCGAAGGAAGCGCUACGCCAUCCAAGGUCUCAAAUGGCAACAUAAUGAAAUCACUUUCUGCAUCCAGAAUUACACCCCCAAGGUGGGCGAGUAUGCCACAUACGAGGCCAUUCGCAAGGCGUUCCGCGUGUGGGAGAGUGCCACACCACUGCGCUUCCGCGAGGUGCCCUAUGCCUACAUCCGUGAGGGCCAUGAGAAGCAGGCCGACAUCAUGAUCUUCUUUGCCGAGGGCUUCCAUGGUGACAGCACGCCCUUCGAUGGGGAGGGUGGCUUCCUGGCCCAUGCCUACUUCCCAGGCCCCAACAUUGGAGGGGACACCCACUUUGACUCUGCCGAGCCUUGGACUGUCGGGAAUGAGGAUCUGAAUGGAAAUGAUAUCUUCCUGGUGGCUGUGCACGAGCUGGGCCAUGCCCUGGGGCUCGAGCAUUCCAGUGACCCCUCGGCCAUCAUGGCACCGUUUUACCAGUGGAUGGACACGGAGAACUUUGUGCUGCCUGAUGAUGACCGCCGGGGCAUCCAGCAACUUUAUGGGAGUGAGUCAGGGUUCCCCACCAAGAUGCCCCCUCAACCCAGGACUACCUCCCGGCCUUCUGUUCCUGAUAAGCCCAAAAACCCCACCUAUGGGCCCAACAUCUGUGACGGGAACUUUGACACCGUGGCCAUGCUCCGAGGGGAGAUGUUUGUCUUCAAGGAGCGCUGGUUCUGGCGGGUGAGGAAUAACCAAGUGAUGGAUGGAUACCCAAUGCCCAUUGGCCAGUUCUGGCGGGGCCUGCCUGCAUCCAUCAACACUGCCUACGAGAGGAAGGAUGGCAAAUUCGUCUUCUUCAAAGGAGACAAGCAUUGGGUGUUUGAUGAGGCUUCCCUGGAACCUGGCUACCCCAAGCACAUUAAGGAGCUGGGCCGAGGGCUGCCUACCGACAAGAUUGAUGCUGCUCUCUUCUGGAUGCCCAAUGGAAAGACCUACUUCUUCCGUGGAAACAAGUACUACCGUUUCAACGAAGAGCUCAGGGCAGUGGAUAGCGAGUACCCCAAGAACAUCAAAGUCUGGGAAGGGAUCCCUGAGUCUCCCAGAGGGUCAUUCAUGGGCAGCGAUGAAGUCUUCACUUACUUCUACAAGGGGAACAAAUACUGGAAAUUCAACAACCAGAAGCUGAAGGUAGAACCGGGCUACCCCAAGUCAGCCCUGCGGGACUGGAUGGGCUGCCCAUCGGGAGGCCGGCCGGAUGAGGGGACUGAGGAGGAGACGGAGGUGAUCAUCAUUGAGGUGGACGAGGAGGGCGGCGGGGCAGUGAGCGCGGCUGCCGUGGUGCUGCCCGUGCUGCUGCUGCUCCUGGUGCUGGCAGUGGGCCUUGCAGUCUUCUUCUUCAGACGCCAUGGGACCCCCAGGCGACUGCUCUACUGCCAGCGUUCCCUGCUGGACAAGGUCUGACGCGCACCGCCGGCCCGCCCACUCCUACCACAAGGACUUUGCCUCUGAAGGCCAGUGGCAGCAGGUGGUGGUGGGUGGGCUGCUCCCAUCGUCCCGAGCCCCCUCCCCGCAGCCUCCUUGCUUCUCUCAGUCCCCUGGCUGGCCUCCCUCACCCUGACCGCCUCCCUCCCCACUGCCCCAGCAUUGCAUCUUCCCUAGAUGGGUCCCCUGAGGGCUGAGUGGGAGGGUGACUCUUUCCAGCCUCUGCCCCUCAGCGGAACCCUGUAGCUUUGUGUCUGUCCAGCCCCAUCUGAAUGUGUUGGGGGCUCUGCACUUGAAGGCAGGACCCUCAGACCUCGCUGGUAAAGGUCAAAUGGGGUCAUCUGCUCCUUUUCCAUCCCCUGACAUACCUUAACCUCUGAACUCUGACCUCAGGAGGCUCUGGGCACUCCAGCCCUGAAAGCCCCAGGUGUACCCAAUUGGCAGCCUCUCACUACUCUUUCUGGCUAAAAGGAAUCUAAUCUUGUUGGGGGUAGAGACCCUGAGACAGUGUGAGGGGGUGGGGACUGCCCAGCCACCCUAAGACCUUGGGAGGAAAACUCAGAAAGGGUCUUCGUUGCUUAGUCAGUCAAGUUCCUCAGAGAUUUGCCUCUGCCUCACCUACCCCAGGGAACUUCCAAGGAAGGAGCCUGAGCCACUGGGGACUAAAUGGGCAGAAGAAACCCUUAGCAGCCCUUUGCCUCUCGAAUGUUAGCCUUGGAUGGGGCUUUCACAGUUAGAAGAGUUGAAACCAGGAGUGCAGCUGUCAGGUAGAGUGGGGCCAGCGGGAGAGGCCCGGGUCAGAGCCCUGGGGGUGAGCCUGAAGGCCACAGAGAAAGAACCUUGCCCAAACUCAGGCAGCUGGGGCUGAGGCCCAAAGGCAGAACAGCCAGAGGGGGCAGGAUGGGACCAAAAAGGAAAAUGAGGACGUGCAGCAGCAUUGGAAGGCUGGGGCC